UCGUUGGCCGUCGCAGGAAUUUGUUCAUUCACCAUUUUAAGGAAAACAAGUGCGUUCAAUAGCAAACCGUAGGUGUGUGCUUCUUCACAGUCCAUCCGGUUAUUACUGUUGGAAACAAGAAAAGCAAGAAAAAAAAACAAAAAAGUGCUCCUUUUGCGCCGUGCGCUCCUUCCGGUGGGGUUACGUGGAAAGGGUUUUCCACUGUGGCACUGGGCGGAAGUGAUAACGCAAAGUGUAAAAAAAUAGUGUGCUGCUUUUGCAAGUGCUCCGACUACUAUUAAUAGGAUUACCAUCUCGAUCGCUGCUGUGGAGAAGAAAGAACCGUACGGUGAAAAUAAAGGAAUAAAUUUUCACAUUCUCGCUCCGGCAAAUCGGAUCAAUUGAUCCAAGCUGAACACCGGAUCCUGCCUGUGUGGAGAUUGCCAUCUGUCCAGAGCAAGCCCACGCUGCCAACGUGCAAAAAGGCUCCCCACUUGCCCCAACGCAACAUCCCCAACGGCAGAAGAGAGCGGCGAGGAAGAGCACAUGGCUGGCUUUGCGUCCCAAGCAGCGCUGCGCUCGAAAUGGGGCGACCUGGUUGAUAGUGGCUCCGCCAGCAUCGAAACGUCGGAAGUAUCCCAGGGAUUGAAGAAUGUCGUCGGCUGGCUCAAACAGGCAUCAGUGGAAGUACGGGAAGCCGGCAAGCGUGCCGUUACGCAGCUGCAGACAAGCACACCGAACCUACUGCACCUGACCCCGGGAACACUGAUUAAGCAGGGUAUAUACGUAAAUGAGCGAGACAGCAUGACGAGUUCCACCGUACCGAACCACGACAAGCUUACCAUCGUGCACUACAACGACGUGUAUAAUAUUGAUGCCACCUGUAAGCAGGAACCGAUUGGUGGAGCCGCUCGGUUUUGUACAGCCGUGAAAUCCUUCGCCCCCCUCAACCCGCUGGUGUUGUUCAGUGGAGACGCGUUCUCACCCAGUAUGCUUAGCACCUUCACGCGGGGAGAACAGAUGGUGCCAGUACUGAACUCCGUCGGAACGCACUGCGCCGUCUUCGGAAAUCAUGACUUCGAUCACGGCUUAGACGUGCUGGCCGAAUGGGUCGAGAAGACAAACUUCCCCUGGUUGAUGUCGAACGUGGUAGACGACGAAACUGGCAGACCACUGGGGGGUGGCAAGAUUACGCACAUCCUGCACCACAACGAUGUCAAGGUGGGCCUGAUCGGGCUCGUAGAGAAAGAAUGGCUGGACACACUGCCAACGAUUGAUCCCAACGAGGUGACCUAUAUCGACUUUAUCAAGGCUGGCAAUCAGUUGGCCGAUGAGCUGCACAAUCAGGGAUGUGAUAUAAUCAUUGCGCUGACUCACAUGAGGACACCGAACGAUAUUGAACUGGCCAAGCAUUGCGGGCACAUUGAUUUGAUACUGGGAGGACACGAUCAUGUGUUUGAGAUACUGAAUAUUGAAGGAACGCACGUGGUUAAGUCGGGAACUGAUUUUCGACAGUUCUCUCGGAUCGGAAUUGACACUGAUCGGGAUGAGCAGGGUAAAAUUAGUAUUUCGGUGGAGAAGAUCGAUGUAAACUCGACAAAAUACAACGAAGAUCCUGACUUGAAGGAAGAACUUAAGAAGUAUUCGGAAACUAUCGAGUCCAAAAUGGAUGAAGUGCUGGGAACGUUUUCGGUGGAACUGGAUGGACGAUUCGCGUCGAUCCGCACCUCGGAAACCAAUCUAGGUAAUUGGAUCUGUGAUAUUGCACUGGCAGCGACAGGAGCGGACGCGGUUAUGAUCAACUCAGGAACAUUCCGAUCUGAUCAAAUUCAUCAGGCGGGUCCUUUCACGAUGCGUGACCUGGUGAAUAUUAUUCCAAUGCAGGACCCGUUAAUUGUGCUGGAAGUGACUGGGAAAGUUUUACAUGAAGCGUUGGAAAACUCGGUAUCGACUUACCCCAAAUUGGAAGGUCGUUUCCCACAAAUCGCGGGAAUGUCGUUUGCAUUUGAUGCAACGCAACCUCCGGGGAAACGCGUGGAACCGCAGUUGAUUCGGAUCGGCGAUGAGUGGCUCAACCUAGAUCAGACGUACACCUUGUGUGUGAAAAGUUACAUUCAUGGUGGCUGUGAUGGCUACACGAUGUUCAAGGGAUGCAAAGUUUUGAUGGAUGACGAUGCUGCUCCCGAAUUGGGUUUGGCGAUUCAGAACCACUUUAAAGCUAUUGAUGUUCGAAUGGGCAAAACGCACCACACUAAACACCGGCAGUCGCUGGUAACCCUAUCCCGCCGACACAGUAUGAUUCAGGUGCUGGAAAAUUUAGAGCUUGACGGACCGACUCCGAUUAGACGAAAAUCAACGGUUAUGCAGCCACGGCAUGCCAGUAUGGAACACGUUAAUCGGGGAAAGUUACUAAGACGAGCCUCAUUGGAUGAUUUGGAGCAGAGCAGCUGUCAGCUAGCUCCCACGAUCCAGCAUCGAAUAGUCGUUGUACAGAAUCAAGAGCACAUGCACGAAAUGAUCCUGCGACGAGAAACCAUGGAGAAGAACUCAGUCAUCAAAGAAACUGACGAAUUGACGCCGUAAGUUGUUCGAGUGCAUUUAGAGAUAACCUCAGCGCCAAAUCGGAACUAUUAAUUGCUAUUUCUUAGUUUGCGACACUCUAAAGAUGGAAUCACUCUGAUUCAUGAUUGACUAAACGGCUUAUAGAUCUGGCUUUUUGACGCCUUUCGAAAUGUUAAUUUAUUUCUCUAUAACUUCACUGUUGUAUAUUGAUUUUAUUUAAAAAAAAGUAAUAAUUUUUCACAAGCUCAAAUGCUAUAAGCAAGAUUUAGGACAUCUGUGCACGCCUCAUCAUCUCGGAUCGGUAGAUCCGAGCACUCGCCAAUCGGAGACAGAUAGUCUGUCAUUACUAACAGUAAGCUUAUCAAAUGUACAGUAUGAAUUUAGUGAUACACAAAGACAACUUUUAGCCAUUUAUAUAUCUAAACAACGCGUGUGUGCAAGCAGAACAAAAGCAAAAGUCCGCCCUUUAGUUCGUAAUUCAACACAAACAGAUAUUAACUUAAAGUUAACAGAACAUUUUAUUGAAUUCUUCCCUCCGACAGCGUUAUUGGCAUGAACGAAUUCUACAACUACCAUGGAAGGCUUAAGGUGUAAAUCGACGUUUUGUUCCCCCCUUCAUCCCUUGGUUGUUACGUGUGUAGUGAGAUUUUAGUCAUUUAAUUAAACGAAAAUGACAUUCGUCGUCCAUUUCAAUUAGCUGGUAUAAUUACUGUCGUGACUCUCGUGUUAUGUAAGACAAACUCUACAGAAAUUUAGUUAGAAUUUUAUCGAAUUUAAUGGCAGUUUAAUGUCAACGGUUCGCUACUACAGCAGUGCGCCAUAGUUUGUUAUUGUUAUGUUUAACUUGACUAUAUUUUAACAAUCGUUGCAAAUUGCCCGUUAUCGCCCCACCAUAACUACAGCGAAUAAAUGAUAUAAGACCCCGUAAUCGUGCUUGGUAAUUUCACCUAAACCUUACGAUACUUUCUUAGUUUUAUUAUCCAUAAGUUUGAGUUUCCAUUUUUUUGACUUAAGGUGCGAGUGGUAUUUCUGAGCAUCGGUGAAUUUAUCUAUGUUGAAGUUUCACUGUUCCAGCAAAGGGCUGGAAGAGUAAUUUUUAGAAUCAUCAGCUGAUAUGUGUAUUAAAAAUAUAUAAUGCACUAGAAUUUCAUCGUCAUUGUUAGUUGAAAAUAUUGAGUGUAUAGAGGAUUAGAUUGCUAGAAAAAUCAAAACUGACAGGAAGCAGUUCUGCCAUGAUCCCAUAGUUUAUUGAAACUAAAGUAGACUAGUGAAGAAAGUUUUCUAGUGUCUUGAUAAAUGCAUGGUGAACCAAGGAGCGAGUACGAGACAUAAUAAAUUUUAUUUUAAAA